AUGAACCAUUCGAACAUGGAACAAAUGCAUUCCCACAUGGAUCGUUCACACGUGGACGGUCGCAUGACUCCAGAUGACGAACACGCACCAUGCCUACGUACUAACAACGGAGGAGGCCAUAACCUCUCUCCAACAGACCCAGACAGUCCCAUGUCCUGGCCCUUUCUCCAGAAAGCAUACGUCUCAGCAGUAGCCUUCUUCUUCGUCUUUACCAUGUUCGUUCCUCCUCCCCCUCCCCCAAGACUACAUAUUGACAUUCCCAGCAUGUACGGAACAACAACAUACACAGCCGCCAUAUCCGCCAUCCCCACUGCAUACAAUGUCUCCCAACGCACAGCAAUUCUGGGGUUUACACUCCCCUUCUUCGGCGUCUUCUUCGCACCAAUCUACACGCCACAUUUAGCAGAGCGUUAUGGCCGACGACCAAUCUAUUUCAUCAGCUUUCCACUUUUUCUAAUGUGUGUUAUUGUUAUCGGUCUUGCGACGAAGGCUUCUACGUUGCUCGCCUUUCGGUUCUUGGCGGGGUAUUUUGGUGGGCCUUGUGUUGUGCUUAUUGAGGGGACGUUCGCGGAUGUUUGGGACGGGAGGAGGACUGUUACUUAUUAUUCGUUUUUGACGUUGGCUUCGUACCUUGGUGCUGCUGCUGGACCUAUCAUUGGUGGUUUCGUCUUUGAGUCGAAGGGACCCGCCUGGCUCUCAUGGGUAACCCUCAUGUUCGGAUGCGCAGCCUUGGCUUUUGGAUCCUUCAUGCCAGAAACAUACGGUCGCGAAAUUCUGAGAACGCGCAUUCGCUUUAACAGAAGUGGCAUCAAGCUUCCUUGCGCUCAAAGCGGCGUCACACAGGCGGAGAUGGCACGAAUCACCUUCCUGACACCGGUCAAGAUGCUCUUCUUCGAACCUCUCGUCACGCUCAUCUCACUCUAUCUCGGCCUUAACUUUGCCGUCGUUUUCCAAUGGUUCAUUUCUGUUCCUAUUGCUCUGGCUGGAAACUACAACUUUGAUGUGAGCGACUCUGGGCUUGCCUUUAUCUCAGCUGUGGUCGGCGUUAUCCUCGCAGCUCUGUCCUGUAUCCUCAUCGAAGCACUUCUCUCAAGUUCAGCAAAGAAGAACAUGGAUCACAUUGAGAAACGUCUCAUCCCCGCCAUGUUCGGCGCGAUCCUCGCGACAGGCUCUCUCUUCUGGGUAGCUUACACAGCCAAACCCUCAAUCCACCACCUAGCCCCCAUCUCAGGCACAGGCGUUUACGUCUGGGGCAAUGCUAUGAUUCUCAUUUCAUUCAUCUCAUACCUUUUCGAUGCUUAUCCACCUGCUGGAACUUUGUCAGGCCUUACUACGGCUGCGUGUUUCCGAUUGGCUUGUGCAGGAGUCGUCCCCAUCUUUCUCCCUGAUAUGCUGACGAAUUUGAUGGGAGACUGGACAUUUAGCCUUUUUGGAAUCAUUUCUGGUGUUAUGGGAAUUUUUCCUUUUGUAUUGUAUUGGUUUGGACCGGGUUGGAGGAAGGGGAGUAGGUAUGCUGCUAAGUGGAAAUCUAUUCCUUCCGAAGCGCAUGGGAUGGAGUAA